AUGAUCCCAAACCUCAGACCCUCAUCAGCUCUUCAGCUUGAGGGCACAGGCAGCUACAUUAUGGGUGGAAAUGGAAGUUGUUUUCUAGUCAGGCACACCCCUCAUCCCAGAAGAGUGUGCCACAUCAAAGGUUUAAACAACAUUCCAAUCUGUACUGUGAAUGAUGAUGAGAUCCCGCUGAGAACAUUGUGUGGCACUGGUGUGUUUAACCAUGCAGAGAAGAAUGAGACACCACCUGCCAAAUGCUGUAACCCAUCCAGCACUGCAGCCCCGGAGAGUCCUGCCCGAGGACUGUCACCAGCUUUAAUCAGUGUCAAAACACCUCCAAGGCCUCAGUCUGAGCCAUGUAGAAAAGCCAACGAGUGCUUCAAAACUUCCACAGACAAUCCCUUAGUAAUUAAAAAGGAAGAAAUUGAAGCCAAAAAGCCACUAUCACCUCCACAGGCAUACUCUACUGCUGGCUCCUGCUCCUCGGAGGUGAUGAACACCAAGACUGAUGUCAAAGAGAAGACCGUACGCAUACCAAACUAUCUGGAUCAGGAAAUAAAAAUCCUAGAAAAGCUCUGUGGCAUUUUACAUACUGAUUCUCUGGCAGAAGUUCUACAAUGGCUGCUUAAUGCAAGAACAAAAGAAAAAGAGUGGGUAUCGGCUAUGGUUCAUUCGGAGCUGGCUGAGAUUAACCUGCUGACUCACCAAAGAAGAAACGCCUCAGCAGAAUCAGCAGUAGUGACUACAAAGUCACCUGCAGUUACAUCACCCACCAAAGGCAAGUCACUGCCAAAAUCACUUGCAAAACCAAAGGUGCUGUCCGAAGCUAGAGAAGGAUACCAACCACCCAGAACGUCAAGUCAAGAAUCCGAUGGAAAUAAGGCAGUAUCGCAAGGUGCUGAGCACAAGUCCCCAUUGUUUAUAAGAAGAAGCAAGCUGAAAAUACCUGUUAUGGAUUAUUUCAGCAAACCCAAGUCUCCUUUCAGGUCCAGUACUCAGGACAGCAGAGCAGCAAGACCUGUGUCAGCAAGGAGUGCACAGGGAUACAAUCUUAGUCCUCAAAGAGCAUUUUAUCCUUUAACAUACCAGAGGUAG